CCUUGUGAGGACCCCGGGCCAGCGGCCAUUUUGGCGCCUUCGCUGAAGUGCCGCUCAUCCCGUUUGUGGCCGCUUCCCUCCCCUCCCCUCCCCCCGAACCCGUAGGUGUCCGGUCCCCGCCUCGUCUGCCGCCGCUGCCUCGCGGCCCCGCCGGGAAAGCAAGGAUGAACGUGAUAGAUCACGUGCGGGACAUGGCGGCCGCGGGUCUGCACUCCAAUGUGCGGCUUCUUAGCAGCCUCCUCCUCACUAUGAGCAACAACAACCCUGAAUUAUUCUCUCCAUCUCAGAAGUACCAGCUUUUGGUCUACCAUGCAGAUUCUCUCUUUCAUGAUAAAGAAUAUCGGAAUGCUGUUAGCAAGUACACAAUGGCCCUCCAGCAGAAGAAGGCCUUAAGUAAAACAUCAAAAGUGAGACCUUCUACUGGGAAUGCUGCUUCAACUCCUCAGAGUCAGUGUCUCCCAUCUGAAAUUGAAGUGAAAUACAGAAUGGCUGAGUGUUACACAAUGCUAAAACAAGACAAAGAUGCCAUCGCUGUCCUUGAUGGGAUCCCUUCAAGACAAAGAACCCCUAAAAUAAACAUGAUGUUGGCCAACUUGUACAAGAAGGCUGGGCAGGAACGCUCAUCUGUGACCAGUUACAAAGAGGUGCUGAGACAGUGUCCCCUGGCUCUGGAUGCCAUUCUAGGUUUAUUGUCCCUUUCUGUAAAAGGUGCAGAAGUGGCAUCCAUGACAAUGAAUGUAAUUCAGAGCAUUCCUAACUUGGACUGGCUUUCAGUGUGGAUCAAAGCAUAUGCCUUUGUGCACACUGGCGACAACACCAGAGCUAUCAAUACCAUCUGUUCCCUAGAGAAAAAGUCCUUAUUGAGAGAUAAUGUGGACCUACUGGGGAGCCUAGCAGAUCUGUACUUCAGAGCUGGAGAUAACAAAAACUCCAUUCUCAAAUUUGAACAGGCUCAGAUGUUGGAUCCCUAUCUGAUAAAAGGAAUGGAUGUCUAUGGAUACUUACUGGCACGAGAAGGACGCCUAGAGGAUGUCGAGAGCCUGGGCUGCCGAUUAUUUAAUAUUUCUGAUCAGCAUGCUGAACCUUGGGUGGUGUCUGGAUGUCAUAGUUUCUAUAGUAAACGGUACUCUCGGGCCUUGUAUUUAGGAGCCAAGGCCAUUCAGCUCAAUAGCAACAGUGUCCAAGCUUUGUUGCUAAAGGGAGCAGCCCUUAGAAAUAUGGGCAGAGUUCAGGAAGCCAUAAUUCAUUUUCGGGAAGCCAUACGUCUUGCCCCUUGCCGACUAGACUGUUACGAAGGGCUCAUUGAAUGCUAUUUAGCCUCCAACAGUAUCCGGGAGGCAAUGGUGAUGGCUAACAAUGUCUAUAAAACCCUUGGAGCAAAUGCACAGACCCUCACUCUUCUAGCCACUGUGUGUCUUGAAGAUCCCGUCACCCAGGAGAAAGCUAAGACCUUGCUGGACAAAGCCCUGACCCAGAGGCCGGACUACAUUAAGGCAGUGGUGAAGAAAGCAGAGUUACUGAGCAGAGAACAGAAAUAUGAAGAUGGCAUUGCCUUGCUGAGGAAUGCUUUGGCCAAUCAGAGUGACUGUGUACUGCAUCGGAUCCUGGGUGAUUUCCUGGUAGCCGUCAAUGAAUAUCAGGAAGCCAUGGACCAGUACAGUAUUGCUCUAAGCCUGGAUCCCAAUGACCAGAAGUCUCUGGAGGGGAUGCAGAAGAUGGAGAAGGAGGAGAGCCCCACGGAUGCCACUCAGGAGGAAGACGUGGAUGACAUGGAAGGCAGCGGGGAAGAAGGAGACUUGGAGGGCAGCGACAGCGAGGCGGCCCAGUGGGCCGACCAGGAGCAGUGGUUUGGCAUGCAGUGAGGUGUGCGAGCUCCUCGGGGAGCGGAGCCUUUUAGAGUGGCCCCAGCACGGCCUGAAGGGGUCCUUGGCUGGGAAGAAGAAGGCCCAAUUGGCUCAACACGGAAUUUGGAUUUCUCCUCCACUUAGUUUGAUUUUUUCAAAUGGAGCCUGUCUGGGCAGCAUGCAGGUGUGCGCUAGGCGAGGUUCUGGGACAGAGGACGGCCCUUGUGCACUUUGGUUCGAAACAACUCUUCUCAGAUGCUUCCUGGGGCCCGUGGCUGCAGCCUGGAAAAGGCCUUGGUUCCAGGCCGGCCGGGCUCUUGCCCGUUUGUGAAGGCCGCGGCGCAGGUCGGCCCUUUCCAAAAGUUUCCCAUUUGCUAACCAACGGCUCCCGUGGGCCGCUCGGAGCACCCGUGUCUCCUGGCAGUGUUGGCAAUGCCUUAAACAGGACUUGCUGUCUUGCAAACGUUUCCUAUUUGAGAAUCCAGUGACCCGUCUGUAAGGGCCAGGCCCAGCGGCCGGGCCCUCUGCACACCGCCGCCUCACUUGCUGUAAUGAUAGCAUGAAGCCACUGUGGGGUGCAGAAAUGGGAUUCCUUUGGCUGAAAGGAAGCUACGCUGCAGUUUUUGUUACUUUUCUCUUGUUCUGUCUGGUCUCCAGGAAUAGCUGGAAAAUUAAUUUUAUGUUAAAGGUUUUAAAAUGAUGCUGCCUCCCUC